ACCUCGUCCUUUUUAUCGCCCAUCUCUCUUUUCUCUUCCUUCUCUUCUCUUUUCUCUUCUUCUUCACCCCUCUUCCUCCCUUCCCUAACAUCACCCUUCCCUCCACCACACGGACAAUGCCUCACCUCCACUCCCACCACGGACACGAGACCGACCCUCUCCUCGAGCGCGUCGAGCGUGGCAUCACCGGCCACAGCCACUACGAGCCCCACAGCAAGUGGGCUGGUGUCCGCCACAAGUUCAGAAAGGCAUUCGCCGAGUUCUUGGGAACCGCCAUCCUGGUCGCUUUCGGUUCCGGCGCCAUUGCUCAGCUCGUCUUCUCACCCAACAACUCGUGGUUCACCAUGAGCCUCGGAUGGGGUUUGGGUUUGACCUUCGGUAUCUAUGUCGCUGGAGGCGUUUCUGGUGCCCACUUGAACCCUGCUGUCACUCUUGCCCAGGCCAUUUUCCGUGGAUUUGCCUGGGCCGAGGUGCCAAUUUAUUGGAUUGCUCAGUUCGCCGGUGCCUUUGCUGGUGCCCUCAUUGUCUACAUCACCAACCACUCUGCCAUCAAGGCUGCUGACCCCCAGGCUACCAUCGGCAUCUUCAUCACUGGCUUGCAGAGCAAGGAUGUCUCCACCACUGCUGCCUUCAUUGCUGAGUUCCUUGGUACUGCCCUCUUGGUCCUUGUCAUUCUCUCGACCUCGGACAAGGGCAACACCCCAGCCGGCAACACUCAGCCCUUGAUCAUCGGUCUCUCAUUGGCCGCCAUCGGCACCUCAUUCGGCUACCAGACCGGCUUUGCCCUCAACCCUGCUCGCGACUUGGCUCCCCGUCUCUUCACUGCUCUCUUUGGCUGGGGCUUUGAUGCCUUCACCCGCCAGAGCUGGUACUUCUGGGUUCCCAUCGUCGCUCCCUUCCUUGGUGCCAUUGGCGGUGCCUUCACCUACGACCUCCUCGUCUACGCGAGCGGCCCCAGCCCCCUCAACAACUAAAUUGGAUGCGGCAUGCUGUAGAAUCUCUUGUAUCGUGAUAUAGUCUGGACUGGAGUUGUAUAUACAUAUCCCUAGGUUUCGACGCCGUACGUACCUCUGUGUGGGCAUGCAAGGCGCUCAACUAAAAUAAAAUAUAAAUAUAUGAAAAGGGCAAGGGC